AGGAUGAUGAGGACUACUCCUACUAUUCAGAGGAUGAUUCCCGUGUGAUGACAGCCCAAAGGGUGAACUUCCCUACGGGACGCUUCAAGUCUAGGUUUACCGCCGUCUUCGAGGUGAUCGAAAAUGACAAAGACGAGGAGACGUCUCAGCAUCGUCCCGGGACGCCCAACGUCGUGAUUGAGCAGAAGCCUGAAAAGAAGGUAAAGGUGGUGGUGCAGGAGGAAGCCGUUGAUACCUCGAAGCCGACGGAUGAUGAGAAGACCCGGGUCUUCCCCGUGGACUUUGAACGCUGGACGUCCAAGUGGCACAGUGCUGUCUCGGAACGGGGGAUUGGCGAAAGUUGGGAGCUCCCAAUUUUUUUGGGAUGA